AUGCGCAUUCUCCAGUUUCUCAACCAGCUCAUAGGUUCCCAUCCCCUCAAUCUUCGCCAGCUCCUUCUGCAUCACCUCUCACCACAGCUCACGUUCCGGUCUGGCCAUUGCCUCUCGAUACAAUGGAGUGUCACCAGCCAUGGCUGCCAGAGCGUAGAGGGUCUUCCCCUCAUUAUCGUACUCAUCCUCCAGCUGAUCCUGCACCAGCUUUGCAUGCUCGAGAAUGCUCCUCAGAAUGAGCUGUGUGCCACGUUCGCUGGUGGUGCUGGACAUCCGGCUCCUGGCUCAGGCCUGCUCUCCAGCUUGGUCGUCACACUCUCUGGCUGUGACGGCUCAGCAUUUACGUUUGUCAACUCAUUCGAGAUAGCGGCAAAUGGCUGGAUGGCAUUGGAUGGUGUGAUGGUCACAGCUGAUUUGGAGGUUGAUGGAGGUUGA